AUGGCCACCAGACAACCCCCACAGCCACCCAUAGACUUUGAAAUAUCGCCAUCCUUCUUCGAGAAAGAAGCCACCGAGCUCAUCGCGGCCACCACCCGAGUCUACGACCGCGUCGCCGCCAUCCCCCCCGAGGACGCAACCUUUGCCAAUGCCAUUCUACCACUCCUCCAUGACGAGGAUGCGCGCAGCCAGCACGCCGACUGGCUUGCCUGGCUGCGCUCGACUUCGCCCGAGCAGACCAUCCGCGACGCCUCGCUGCAGUUUUUCCAGACCAUGACCGACGCCGCCAACCAGCACUGCGCCCGCCAAGACGUGUUUCGCGUCGUCGACGCCGUAUGGCGCAAACAGCUGCAGGAACCUCUGGACCAGGAGUCACAGCUCUGCCUCGAGCGCAUCCGCCACGAGUUCAUCGAACUCGGCCUCGGACUCGAGGACCCGACCGCUCGCGCCCGUGUCGGGGAGAUCCAGGCCGCGCUGCCCAAGCUCACGCGGGAGUUCAUUUCGAACCUCGACAAUGAUGCGUCCGGCAUAUGGCUCACGCUUGACGAGCUCAAGGGCGUUCCGCAGCAUACCCUCAAUCGCUGGAAGGCGGACGGGGACAAGCGCUGGGUGGACCGGAGACUGCCCAACAUCAAUGCCGUGCUCAAGAGCGCCGAAAGUGCGGAGACGCGGCGCAAGGCGUGGCUGGACUAUGAGAACCGCGUGGCAGGGAAGAACGACGUGCUGCUGAAGGAGAUUCUGCUGCUCCGCCAUGAGCUGGCUCGCCUUCUUGGCCUCAAAAACUGGGCAGAGUACCGUGAGCCGUACAGACUCGUCUCCACGGCCGAGGCGCUGCAAUUCCUGCAAAAUUUCCAGGAUAGCUUGGUUGAUGUUGGCAGACAUGAUGUCGCAUCACUCGAGUCUAUCAAGGAAAAGCACCUCAUCGAGCAAGGCAUCGCGGUUUCGGAAGAGAGCAAGCGACUGUUUCUUUGGGACAAGCAGUAUUACACGGAGCGAGCCAUCCAGUCCAGUUUCCACGUCGACACCGACAAAGCAGCCGAGUACUUUCCUUUUACCGGGUGUCUCUCCAGACUCCUGGCCCUGUUUUCCGCCCUCUUCUCCAUCUCCAUCGAGCCCGCCCGAGUGAGCACCUGGCACUCUGACGUCCACGCCUUUACCGUCUGGAGCCGCGACACGCAGGCCGACCCGGACGACGACGCCUUCAUCGGGUACCUCUAUCUCGACCCCUUCCCUCGCGACCACAAGUACGGGCACAAAGGCACAAUCUGCAUCCGCAGCGCCUUUGUCCGCCCCGACGGCACGCGCAACCACCCCGUCAGCGUCGUCGUCACCAACUACACCCCUCCCGACCCGUCCGGCCGCCGCCCCAGCCUCCUCAAGCCGCACGAGACGGUCUCGCUGUUCCACGAGCUCGGCCACGCGCUGCACCAUCUCCUGGCGCGCAGCGCGCACCGGCGCACGCACAGCCGCGCCAUGCCGCGCGACUUUGUCGAAGUCCCGAGCGUCAUGCUUGAGCACGUCUUCUGGAGCCCGGAGGUGGUGCGCACCAUCUCGGGACACUACGAGGACGAGGAGGAGAGGCUGCCCGAGGCGCUGCUGGCCGGCCUGCUGCGCAGCCGAUGGGCGCACAAGUCGCUGGCGGACGCGGCCAAUCUGCUCCUCUCCGUGUUUGACAUGAGGAUCCACACGCCAGGGAGCUUGGAGGAGAUUCGGGACAUGAACAUGGCGAGCGGGUUUAAUAAGCUGCGCCGAGAGCUGGGGCAGAUCGGCGGACCGGAGGAGCUGGGCCUCGGAUGGGAUGCUGCCAAGUCAUUCUGUCGCUUUCGCUUUCCAAUUGGCUACGCGGCGUCUUAUUAUGCAUAUGUGCUAUCCCACGCGUAUAGCUACGACAUCUUCGAGACCAAGCUCCGGCCGUACAUGCCCACGAAGCGAGCGGCUACCGUCGAGGAACUGGUCAGCAAAGAAUUGCGCGACGAAUUCGACCGUUAUAGACGCGUAAUACUGGAGCCCGGAUCCAACAUUCGCUCCCUAAACAAUUUGCUUGCUGGAUAUCUGGGGCGUGAGCCCAGUAGUGUGCCAUACAUGGAAAUGAUCAAAUCCUCCAUGAAUCUGUAA